UUGUUUUAAAUGACUUUAUUGUUUUUCGAAGUAUUCUCCACGAAGCAUUUAUUCCACUCGUUUUCUGGCAGAUCCAAAACGGCAUUAUUGAAUGCUCAACUGCUUCUUCUGGUGACUGGAACCUUUGACCACGCAGUCUGUUUUUAAUUUUCGGGAAAGUAAAGAAAUCGAUAGAACUUAGAUCGGGACUAUAUGGAGGAUGGUCCAGUAAUUUCACGUUUU